GUUCGAGUUCGCUGUCCAAACUAUGACUGUGGAUAUGGGGCCAACGGUAGUAGCUUUGCAUGCCGCAGUUGAUCUUCUACGCCCAAUGCUACUUACUCUAGCAGUUGCUAGCUUAUCCGGUGUUAUACAGGAGACCGAAGAGAUCGAUUGAUCUCACGUGUAUUCCGUGACUCACUUCUUUUUGGUACUUUUCAUGUAUAUAACGCCCUAGCCAGUCUUCCAAAGCUAACCUUCAAUCGCUAACCAUGUCUGUGGCCUCGUCACCCCCUUCAUCUUCCUCGUCCUCAGCUCCUUCACCAUCGCCGCCGCGCACACCUCCCAAUCUUCACCAAAACAGCAUCGACCCGUCCUCGCGCUGGCUGGUACAGAAGUUUGGUGGAACUAGCGUUGGCAAGUUUGUCGUCAACAUCGCGCGGGACAUUGUAUCCACAUACAUCGACGGCAACAAGGUUGCUGUGGUAUGCUCUGCCCGGUCCGGUACGACCAAGGCGCUGGGCACCACCAACCUGCUUCUUCGAGCGGCCUCUGAGGCUCUCCGCCGACCGAAAAGCGGCUCGGGCUAUUCCACGCCGAAUGGCAUCUUCGGGCGCUCGGAGGAGGGCUCGCACCCUGGUUCGCCGUCUAGCAGCCCCCAUCGUACCUGGAGCUCUGGCGCUGCGAUGACUCCUCUUUCGCUUACCCAAGAAUUCGUGCCCGAGUUCCACGGCACAGUUGAUUUGAUCAAGCAAGAGCAUGUUAAUGCCGCCCGAGCAUCGGUGCAAGAUUCUGGAAUUCUUCGAGAACUGGAGUCCGAGAUUGAUCGAGAUUGUGAAUGGCUGAGAAGCUUCCUGGCAGCUUCACAGGUCAUUGACGAAAUCUCUCCGCGUUCAAAAGACACGAUCGUGGGAUUCGGAGAACGAUUGGGCUGCAAAAUUAUGACGGCAGUGCUCCGUGACCAGGGUAUAGACGCCGAGUUCGUGUCACUCGAGAACAUCAUUCCCUCAACGGAAGAUCUCGAGGCAAUGGAGGACGGGUCAUUGGACCAGGAAUUUUACGACAAUUUAUCGAAGCUAGUCGGAGAAAGGGUGAAGCAGUGUGGUCCUCGGGUUCCAGUCAUCACAGGUUUCUUCGGGCCUGUUCCGGGGUCUCUCUUACGACAGGUCGGACGAGGCUACACGGACCUACUCUCCGCGCUCCUUGCAGUCGGACUCGAUGCUGCCGAACUGCAGAUUUGGAAGGAAGUGGAUGGAAUCUUCACAGCGGAUCCGCGGAAAGUGCCGACUGCUCGACUUAUAUCCAUCAUCUCCCCGGCGGAAGCCGCUGAGUUGACCUAUUACGGCAGUGAAGUCGUUCAUCCUUUCACCAUGGAGCAGGCUAUCCGACAACGCAUCCCCAUCCGUAUCAAGAAUGUUGAGAACCCUCGAGGUGGGGGAACAGUGAUCAUCCCCGACCCAGAAGCGGACACAUCUCAGCCAGAAGACGAUGUUGGUAGUGUUCCUGAACCUGCUUCAGCACAGGCCCUGGCUUUGCUCGCCGCUCGAUCCACGGAGGCAUCCAGGAAUCACCCACGACACCCGACCGCCGUGACCAUCAAAGACAACAUCGUUGUGCUGAACAUCAAUUCCAACAAGAAGAGCGUGUCGCAUGGAUUCCUUGCCGGGAUCUUCGAGACGCUGGACCGGUUCGGGGUCGUCGUAGACUUGAUCAGCACCAGCGAAGUUCACGUGAGCAUGGCUAUCGAGGCGGGGCUGACCAAAAAGAUCAUGGAUCGGCUGCUGAGAGAGCUUCAAAAGAGCGGCACGGUGUCAGUGCACAGCGACAUGGCCAUCUUGUCUCUAGUGGGCAAGCAUAUGUGCAAUAUGAUUGGCAUCGCGGGUCGGAUGUUCACCACCCUCGCUCAGGGCAAGGUCAACAUCGAGAUGAUCAGCCAAGGCGCAAGCGAGAUCAACAUAUCCUGCGUUAUUGAAAACCGCGAUGCGAUUAAAGCACUCAACUUAAUACACCAGAGCUGUCUUCAACUGCCAGAAGCAGAACCUCCAAAGAGUGCCAAGGGGUCAUGGCUCUUCUAGACAUCUAAUUGUAUAUCACCGACACCAACACUCACUGGAGUCCAAGUAGACACUAAUGUAACUGGGACUGCUCACGUAGUAUCUACGUACAGUGGAAUUGUAUCUGCUACUGUCUUUGUUUUGCGAGUGCAGCGACGAGCGAUCAAGCAGCAGGUGACAUGACGUGUUUCUCAUCGCGUAUCGCCUUCUUGCUUCGCCCAUUCUUCAUUCUCCCAUCUUUUUACGUCUCCGCUGCCGCCGACGCGCUGCUCCAAAACCGCCGUUUUCGACGGAGACCCAACUCGUGUAUUAGGACAGAAGAGAUCUGGCUGGACUGGAGGCGUGAUUGACGAAGGAGGUUAAGAUCAAGCUAUAAUAUCACAGGCAUACGCAUACGCCUCCAUCAAAACUUGCCCGCCUGCCCGUUCCUGCUACACCUCGCGCCAGACAUUCCCACCGGCUUGAAACAUGGCAGAGGCUCUUGCUACAUUCAAAGACAUCCCUGAGCUCUUCGAGGUUGAUCUCGGGGAGUCGCUCACUGCGCGCACCGAAAGUCUAUCUACCUUCCGUGAACUGGGGCCGCCCGACCUGUGCCACGUCGUGAAAACAACCGGCAAGUCAGGCCAGCGCGAUCUCGGCUCGUACCACUUUGUCUCCGGCGUCGACGCCUCGUCCUCCGCGUCGCUCGCCGCAUACAUCAACUCGCUCACAUAUGCCAUCGAGGAUUCGGGCGCGUGGUUCUCCAAAGCUCCGGCGUGGAAAGUGCGCAACGGGUGCUACUGCUGCUUCAAUGCGUUCUCGCGCGUCGACUUCCGCGUCGAUGUGAAGAUUCCUGGGGGCGUCAUAGCAUACGUGGUGGAUUUGAGAGGCGAGAGACACGAUGCGACACCAGAAAUGUGGCAAGAGACUUACGUCUCUGCGCUUCUGCGGGCCAUUCUGUACUCGGACGACCCGACAUAUGCGCUUGAUGCCUACCGAAAGCUGGAUCCUAUCACCACCCCUGAGGGUGAAUUGCGAUUCCUUGCUGCCGCUGAAGCGCUCUUCCUGAAGGGCUGGCAAGUUGGCUCUGACCCCGAGAUCCAGGUAGCCUCGGUAACAACGAAUCACCUCACGGCCGGGUUGAUGAAGUACUUCGGCGUUUCUGGACGAUUUCAACAGGUGGCAAAUCUGUUUGAGAAGCUGUCCGUGAAAGAGCCGGAGGUGACUUCUCUUCUUGCUCGGGCUUAUGUUGGCAUGAACGAAGAAGUAAAAGCGUUACAGAUCAUGUCGAAUUCACUGCGCGGUCAACCUGGUCCGGCAUCGUACACACUUCUACAUGCGCAGUGCGAUUUUCUGCGUUCCAAGAGCAAAACUGAAUGGGCGAUGAAACUGGCCAAGCAAGCUGUGAACGCUGCUCCAAGUGAAUUCGUGACGUGGGAAAAGCUGACUGAAGUCUAUAUCGAACUGGGGCAUUUCGAAUCGGCAUUGCUGACACUCAACUCAUGUCCCAUGUUCACCUUCAAUGGCCGAGACGCUCAUCGCCAACUAACGCCUGCACGCGUACACUUGCCCUUCCAUCGAUCCAUCGGCGACAUCCUCCCGGACCGCGUGAAGACGGAUGACGACGAGGCUGAUCCCGCACUGCAGCGUUUGCCGGCACCGGGGCUCCGGGGCACCUGGGCGCGUGCCUACACUCUGCUGACAAAGCUCGUGUCUGAGAUUGGAUGGGACGAGCUGCUGAAAACGCGAAGUGCGGUGUUUGUUAUGGAGGAAGAGUACCGGAUGCAGAAAGCACAGGGUGAUAUGGCGAGCCAUCUGCGUUCGGGAUCUGGGGGCGAGGGAACGACGUUGGCUGACGACGAAGAGCCGCACGACAAUGCCUCGACGCGUGGAAUGGUCAGCCCUGCGAUGACGGCCAUCAGUCCUCUCGAGAACGAGGAUGUCUCCCCCCCACCGGUGAAUGGGCACGCGUCCGAGAAUGGGAUCCCUACUAUCAGGAUCUCGACUGAAUCAGAACGGGAGGAGCCCAAGCCGGCACUCAGCAUGAGUACCAGUGUCGUCACGGAUGCUCUAGAGAAGCCGGAGCAGGCAGCGGCUGCAGAACCUGAAACAGCCGAGGCGACGGAGCCAGCUACGAAGGAUCAGGCUGCUUCAGAGUCAUUCUCGUUCAGCAACAAGCGGCUAUGUGAAAGAUGGCUGGACAAUCUGUUCAUGGUCCUCUAUGAGGACCUUCGGGUGUGGACGAUCUUCCGUGCAGAGGUGGCCCACUUCAAGACCCAACACGUGGCAUACCGGAAGACGGGUCUUGAAUGGGAGAUCCUAGGCGACCUGGGCCUGCGCUUGCAGCACAAGGAAGACGCGAAAGAAGCAUACCAGAGAUGCCUGGAUACCCCUCGCUAUUCCGUCAAGCCGUGGGGAAAGCUGAUGGAGAUGUAUGCCGAGGAAGGCGACAUCCAGCGCUGCAUCCAGACAGCGAUUCGCGUAGCUGCCUAUCAGUACGCCGAGUAUACCGAGAUGACCUACCCGACCCAGAUUGCGCGGUGCUUUUUCAAGCUUGGACAGCUGCAUGGGCACGCCAAGAUUUCGUAUACGCUGCUCAGCAUGGGUCUGCCAGAGCCGAUUCUGAAAAUUAUGGAUAGCUAUUUGCAGUAUGGAAAGACCUUCAAGGUGGAGGGCUAUGACUUUUAGCUUGUUGUUCUGACUAUUUAUACAUUUGUUCGAUAUUUCUUUUUCUUCGUGUCGAUCACAUGCUGAAAGCUAUGGAUGUCAUCUACAAUGAAGUCUCAGUCUCUUCGGUGUCCGUAAAGGCCUCUUCAAAACGCCCCCACCGAUAAGUUCAGCUUCAAGUCAGCAGGAUGUUGUAGAAUUCUUGCCAACAUAUAUUCACAUUACACUAAAAUCCUCCACUUCGACGACUUCCCAGUUUCGGUUUCAGACAUUCGGCAAUUGGCUGAGGGAGCACCUCAGCACUUGCAUUCCUCCGAAGCGCACUCGCAGUUGCCAGCCUCGCAAGUGCACCUAGCAAGUCCCAUCGUCAGAGACAUUGAAGUUUGAAUUUAGAAUGGGAAAGUGGUGGCGUACGAGGCACAGCUGCAUUGGGCAUCGCCGCAGUUCUGGAAAGCGGGAGUCUGGGUGAUGAUCUGGAACGGGGUGGUCAGUGCGAGCUGCUCAGGAGAGUGAGGGGGGUCACGCACAGCGAUCAUUGUAAGCUGGAUGAAGAUCUGAAUUUGGCUGGAUUGGAUUGGAUCUGGGUGAACUGGGGAGAUGGUUGUCUAUGCGGCUCUCUUACAUGUAGCGCACAGAAUGGGAUCAGUCUCCAAGAUAUGCCGCAUUCAAUAAACACCUCAUGAGUCAGCGUGCAAGGAGCAUGCAGGCUGGGGAGCAUCCAUCGCCGCACGUGUAUUUCAAUGAAAGGCUUAUUGUAUGCAUGUGCGAGGAAACGAUGUCGGCGAGUACAUCAAUGGUACUACCCACCCUCCUGUACGUAGCUCACGACGGUGUCAUCCUUCAUAGCUCACCGAGAGAGAACUUUCAACCUAACAGACAGACGCUCUCAGAAUCUGCAAUGUGGCAAGACCUCCAAGAUGAGGGUCAUGACUUUCAGCCCUCUCUCUUACUAAUCAUGCAUUUGUUCAGCAUCGUAGCAUCGAUCCCACGCUGAAGUCACGGAGGCGCA